AUGGAUUCAGAUGCAGAUUGGCUUUUGGCAGUGUCUGCGGAGGACAUGGUACAGUGGAUUGCAAGUAAACGCUUGAAGGUGAUAACGCUCGGUUCACCCAUGCGACACAUCUUGCUGGUUGCCGACAGCAACGCAACCGUGUAUGCGAUGGACGCGCGGUGUGGGCAUCGAGGGGGUCCGCUUGAAUCAGGUGACAUGGAAGACCUGCCCGGUGUUGGUUUGUGUAUACGCUGUCCUUGGCAUGGACGCCGCUUUCAAGUCGAAAGCGGCCACGAGGUGGUGGGAGGUUCUUUGCGACCUUCCCAGCGAACUUUUCCUACGGAGAUCCGAAAUGGUGCACUCUUCGUGCGAAUCAACCCAGCGUGCGAUUCUGUCCCCUCCGAUAGCUAUGCUGAGACAGAAGCAGCUGGCAAUAUCCGAACCCAAGCGUCGUCAUCGCUGAGUCUAUGGCUGGAUGGAUGUGACCACCAGGCGUUCGGGGUCACAGGGGAGGUGGCUGCAGCCGCAUCAACACCACCUUCUGCACAUAGCUCGGACUAUAUUGCGGAUGAAUUCUUGUUUUGA